AGAAACGCCUUCAGACUAUUUUAAAAACUACAUCCCCCAGCCUUCCUUGCGAGAACGGCGCGUGUGCGUUGAAAUUCACCAAGAAACCCAAGAUGGCGGACCCUGCAGUCGUCGGGAGCGGGUCGUUUGUCACCGGAAUGCGAGUAUCAGGCAGUAAGGCCCCCUCCAACCCUGCAGAGAAUUACUACCUGGCUCGCCGGCGCACCCUGCAGGUGGUGGUGAGCUCCCUGCUGACAGAGGCUGGGUUCGAGUCUGCAGAGAAGGCAGCUGUGGAGUCUCUGACAGAGAUGAUUCAGAGCUAUAUCUCGGAGGUGGGGCGCUGUGCCAAGAGUUACUGUGAGCACACGGCCCGGACGCAGCCCACGCUGUCCGAUGUGGUGGUCACACUGGUGGAGAUGGGUUUCAAUGUGGAUACCCUCCCUUUUUACGCAAAGCGGUCACAGAGGAUGGUAAUCACGGCACCUCCAGUUACAAACCCUCCGAUAGCCCCCAAAGCUCUGACCGCUGGACAGAAGCGCCUGCACCCCUCCCACAUUCCCAGCCACCUCCCGGAGUUCCCCGACCCGCACACCUACAUCAAGACUCCGACGUUCCGUGAGCCCAUCUCCGAUUACCAGGUCGUGCGCGAGAAAGCAGCGUCGCAGCGCAGGGACGUGGAGCGCGCUCUCACCCGCUUCAUGGCCAAGACCGGAGAAACACAGAGCCUGUUCAAGGAUGACAUCACCACCUUCCCACUGAUUGCGUCUCAACCCUGUACCAUCCCCUACCUGAACGCCCUGCUCCCCUCCGAGCUGGAGCUGCAGCAGCUGGAGGAGACGGACUCCUCCGAGCAGGACGACCAGACGGACACAGAGAACACCUCGGUGAACAUCAGCAACGACGAAUCAGGUGCAGACAAGGAGAACUCUGGGCUGCCACAAGGGGGCGCCCUGCCAGCCGGUAAAGCCAGUGAGGAGAACCUGAUUGACAACCCGUACCUGAGACCCGUGAAGAAACCCAAAGUGCGCAGGAAGAAGUGACAAGAGCCGGCACCGAACCUGCAGGGAGGAGUAGGGGCUCGGACCGGGGCUCGCCCAGUCAAGGUGUUGAUGCUGAAUCGCUGGGAUCCAUUGAGAUCGAUUCAGAUCAAUCAGCUUCCAGGAAGCGGACAAUGGCCUCCUCCCGCUCGUUAAUGUUCUUCUGUUUUUACUCACGCUGGAGAACGCCUGUCAUAGUGUUUGUGUCCCCCUGCCUUUUCCAGUGCGCGGGCUCCCUAACAGACCUGGGGCCAAGUAUAAUUACAAUUACAGCAAAAGUGUUUGAAUUUACAAUUAGCCUGCUAUUCACUUACAAUUACAGUUACAAUUACAGUUACACUAACAUAAACAGCUCCACACAUUAACAAGCUUACUCUAUUUGUUCUAAAUAACCCAGCAAUACAUACAGGUACAAAUACAGAAACAUACAAUAUAACUUUGGGGAGACAGUCCCGUACCCACGCAGGUUUACAUUUGGGUAUAGGAAACCCAUUGCUUAUGAAAAUGAAUAGUCAGUUGGGGUAACAAAGCUAAAUAAAAUAGGGGGAUAAAAAGGAUUGUUCUGAAUAUUUUUCUUCUGCUUUGAAGCACUCCUGCUGUGUUCUGCCAUGUCUGAUCCUAAUAGUUUCUGUACAUUUUGCAUUGUAUACAUAUAUUUGUAUUUUUUUGUAAGUUUAUUUUCUGACCCCUUUAGGAAAAUGUAAAUUAUGUAAUUAAAUUUAAAGGUAGAAUCCCAGAAA